AUGGAAACCAUGAAGUUCAAUGCCGUGAAUCAAUCGGUUUCUAUGCAAAAUUCAAGGAUGCACUCCAACUUGUCACUUUACAAGCAUCACAUCAAAACUCCGCAUAUAGAGCCUCCUAGCCAACUGGCCAGACAAAUGAGUCACCGUAGAACAUCGAUUAUUCCAAGCGCUAAUGUAUACGAAUCUGUCAAAAUUAACGAUAAGGAAGAACAGGAGAUAUUGAAAAAAGAGCUGAAGAAGAAAAAACGCCUUGAAAACGCGUCGCCAUUCCAUAAGCUGAUGUAUGAUUUUACUGAAUCAAUGCUUUUUAAUGGCUUCAUCAUGUUCGUAAUCCUACUGAAUACGGUCAUCCUCUGUGCUCUGACUUAUGAAAUAAUAGCCGUUCGUAUUGGUUGGUACACGACGUUCAUAGAUUACAUAUUCCUUGUAAUCUACUUCUUGGAAUGUGUCGCCAAGCUAUACGUAUGGCGUUUGGACUAUUUCAGGGAGGCGUGGAACAUAGUCGAUUUUGUGAUCGUAAUGUGUAACAUUGCAGAUCUCUUAGUUCCCGUUAUUUUGGGUAGUGAAGUGAACAUACUACAGUUUCUAGGUAUUCUGCGGGCAAUGAGGGCGCUAAGAGCUUUACGAGUGCUUCGUACCGUAAGGUUUCUCAACAGCUUGCAGGUUAUUAUGAAUACAUGUCUCCAGUCUAUGCAAUCUAUGGGAGCGAUCGUCUCUUUAAUUUUCCUCUUUCUGUAUAUGUUUGCAGUAAUUGGGCGUGGCCUAUAUGCAGAAGUGGAUCCCGAUAGGUUCGGCAAUUUAACGUCAGCAAUGUUUACAAUGUUCCAACUUCUGACUCUAGAUGAUUGGUUUUACAUCUAUACUGAUGCUGUAGAAAGAGACCCACGGUCUUUCCAUAUAAUAUUUUACCUUAUGAUGUACAUUGCCACCGAAUACUUUAUAUUUUUAAAUUUGUUCGUUGCCGUGUUAGUCGACAACUUUCAGCUAACGUUGGAGGCAGCCGCGGCAUCUGAUGCUGAAAGAAAAGCCGCAUUGAAGGCUGAAGAAGACCAGGAAAACGAACGGCAUGCCAGCCAAAUACAACGUCAACAAAGCGAAGACUCUAGCACGACAUCUUCAAAACUAGAAGCUCAAAAAACAAAGAAGACAAUAGACGACUAUUACGACAACAACACAUAUAGCGAUAGGAAUCAACAAGGAACUAUCAAAACUAUGGGUAGAACGACACUAAAGAGCAAAUACCAACAAGUCGUUAUAUUUAUAGGAUUGUUCAUUACUUCAGUAUUUAAAGUGUCUGUGAUUAAUGUUAUAUUUGGUAUAUUUGAACCGUUUCUGAUUGACUAUUUCGGAUGCCAUAUAGUGACAAUGGUCGGAACUUUUACGAUAGCAGGGUCUUAUUUGAGCGAAAUUUUAUGUGGCGUGACCGUGGACAAAAUUGGGAAGUCGAAAGCUAUGUUCAUAGGAGGAAUUAUGUGUUUUCUGGGCUUGUUCAUAUCAGCAUUAUCGACUAACAUCUACCAAUUGGCGUUUGGUCAUGGGUUGAUAUUGCCAAUUGGUACAACGCUCACUUUCAAUGCACGAGUUACAAGUUUGAACGAGUAUUUUCACAACAGAUACGUUUUAAUAUCGAACUUGGUGUCUUUAGGAAGCCCAUUAGGAAUGAUGAUUGCCCCGGUGUUUACAGAGAUAAACUUGUACGUCUCUCUCUUUGUUCUGAAACGUGAUAAUUAA